CUCGGAUCGGAUGAGUGCGUAAGCGCUCGCUCUAAAUAAAAGUUUUCCUACAUGUUUUAUAACUAGGUAGGUGCCUUACUUCCUUGUAAUUUUAUGUAAUCAAUGUUUAGGUAAAACAUAACUACGUUAGGUCAUUCGCCCGAUGAGAUUCCAAAUUGUCGCCACUCGUCACGCCGCGGCCACGAGCCAUGGCCAGUGUGUUAUCGGAGUUUGUAGGCGCAACACCGAGCUUGCCCCAUCCACAAAACAUGCGUUUUAUUCUUCCCUUUCUAUUCCUAUUCGCCGUUUGCUACGCCACAAUUGACGAUUACAAAGCGAAACGAGCAAAGAUCGUACGAGAUGAAGCCCUCUUAUCUGUUGGGGGAAACUCGACGCUCACAGAUAAAGAAUCCGACGUCAACAACUGCCUAAUGCAACGUAAGUUCCGAGAAGUGGACUACGGAUUUAACAACCCACAGACGUACAAACUCUCUCGGCAUUUCUUCUCGUACAAGGACGAUAUACGAACAUCUAGAGUUUACAAAAUCAUCAAAGACCUUCCUAAAGGAGCAGCGUUGCACAUUCACGAUAUGGGAAUUCUAGGACCGGAUUAUAUGUUAAACUUAACUUACACGGACCAUCUUUACAUUUGCUUCAAGAAAGAUGACGUUCUAUUUAGAUUUUCUGAUAAAACCCCGUCAAUACCCUGUACGAAUAAAUGGAAACUGAUCAGUGACGCAAGACGGUCGGCGAAUAACACGGCCAAGUUUGACGCGAAGUUGCGUAAAUAUUUCACGAUGUACGUGGACAAUCCAGAUGUUGUGUACCCGAGCAUAAAAGAAUCGUGGGGCACUUUCAUAAAAUAUUUUCAAAGAGUUGUUUCACUUGUAAGCUACAGGCCGAUAUGGGAGCAAUAUUGUUAUGAGGUCCUACGACAGUUUCGAGAAGACAACAUAAUGUAUGUGGAAUUCCGAAGUGUCCUUCCGAGCUUAUAUGAGUUGGAUGGCACAGUUUAUGAUCCAAUAGUCACUGCAAAAUCCUACAAGAAGACAUUUAAUCAAUUUAAAAAGGACCACCCUGAUUUUCUUGGGGCAAAGCUAAUUUAUGCACCCGCGAGAGGAAUCAAUAGAGAUCAGUUGGAUGAAUAUUUGCGAUUAGCUCGUGCUAUAAAAGCUGAUAUACCGGACGUUUUUGCAGGAUUUGAUCUAGUAGGUCAAGAGGAUUUAGGCAGCCCUCUAAUAGAAUUUAUACCACAGCUGCUAGCUGCAUCCAAAGAUUUGGAUUACUUCUUUCACGCUGGAGAAACUGAUUGGUAUGGAACUUCUACAGACGAGAAUUUAAUAGACGCUAUCUUAUUAGGAGCUAAAAGACUGGGCCAUGCGUAUGCUUUGCCAAAGCAUCCUCUGCUAAUGAGAGAGGUGAUUGAGAGGGAUAUAGGUGUGGAAGUGAAUGUGAUUUCUAACAACGUUUUGUCUUUAGUGCGAGAUGUUCGGAAUCAUCCGUUAAGCGGGUUUCUUGCUAGUGGAAUGCCGGUAGUGCUGUCUAGUGAUGAUCCAGGUAUUUGGGAAGCUGAUCCCUUGUCUGAUGAUUUCUAUGUGGCAUUCGUCGGAGUGGCGAGUCGACUAUCAGACUUGAGACUGCUGAAACAGCUUGCGUUCAAUUCCAUAAAAUACAGUUCUCUAAAGGGCAGUGAUAAGGUGAACGCAAUGAUUAAAUUUACCGAACGUUGGGACACAUUUAUAGAAAAUUUCGAUUGUUCCAAGUACUAAAGCCUGUAAUAUUAAAUUAAGUUUUGUGUAAGUAAAA